AUGCGACUUCUUCUCCUUUCCCUUUUCUUUGUUUCCAUUCAUUCGCUUCCUCCGCCAGAAGGAAUAAAUCUGAAGCGAGCCAAACAGGUGGGAAACGACGGGAAUGAAGAGUCGGCCGGUGUGGAGCCACCUCCGAAUCUUCAGCUCAGAUCGAGAAUGAUGGCAGCCAUGAAUUCACAUGUAAGUUAUUCAAAAAUUGUUCAUCUUUGACUAAUUGUAUGUAGGCUCAACCAAUUCCAUCCGAAAAGACCAAUAUUUUCAACCAGCCGCUCAUUCUAACAAAGAACAAGAAGUUUGCAAAGCCCUCAGCCAAACCAGUGAUCACUCAACCGAUCACUGCCUCGACCGAAGAUCAGGGGGAGACAGUAACUUCGACCACAACUUCCCUUUCUUCAGAAGACAUCAGAAAGGCAAGAUUGAAAUUUAAACUUCCUUGUUAUCAUUCUUUUUCAGAAGUUUUCGAGCGUUGGCGACGAGAAAGUGAACCUGAAAGUGCGUCCAGUUCUGAAAACAAACUUCGUCGACGCGAACGGGAAAGUGGUCCGGGAUGUUGUUUCGGUGCCGAUCCGCGUCUCCGACGGACACAUCCAUUCCAUUCCGUAAGUUUCCCCCACUCCCUAUUUAUCGCUUUCGUUUGUUGCAGAAAGAACGCGAAGAAUGCGACGUCGAGCUCGUCAGUGGUGGAAACCGAACGAAAUGUGAACGUGUCUUUCCGCUCUUCCCUUCCUUUGUGGCUCCUUUGA